AUGUCGCCUAAAGGAGCUGAUGGCCUGCUGGUCACGACUCGGUGGCUGGGCUUGAUCUCUGGAGCAUUGACAUUAGUUCAGUGGUGUUUCCUUCUGCCUGCCACAAAUGUUCACCUUACAGUAGACGGCUUUCUUAGCGAUGUCAAUAAGGCCAAUUGGAGAUUUGCCCUGUUUUCGUUCGUCCCGGAAGUCUUCAUCGACAUCUGGACCCCGUUCGUCAUGGGGAUCAUCUCCAUUAUGUGUCAUUUCAAUAUUUACCCUAUCGUAUUUAACUGCAAGAACUUCGCAGUCUUCUUCGUCUGGAACUUCGUCCAGGCUCUUUUCGGCAACCUAGGCUACUGCGGAGGUAUUGGUAUCAUUACAGGAUCCGUCUCCCUGUUGACUGCUCUCCUAUCGUUGAUUUGCUGUUUCAUCGACAAGAACGCAGACGCAAGUCUCCGCAUGGAAGGCCGCCGGGGCUGA